GGAAAAUGGGUUCACAUUCCUUUAAAGAGAGGAACUUCAAGAAGAAACACCACUGUGUUGUCUGCAGACAAGCCCUCGACAGCCAUGGCAUGUACUGCAGAGAGUGUAAAACUGCAGUGCAUAAGAAAUGUGAGGAAAAGGUCUCUGUCCCCUGUGAAGUUAUCUCAGAUGCACCCCCGUUUCAAAACCAGAUGAACAUUCCUCCCAGUAGAGACAAAAUGGAGAGUGUUAUGGAGAAGUUAAUGGGCAGUCAUUAUGACUUCGACCUCACAUACAUAACUGAGCGUAUCAUCUCUGUCCUCUAUCUGUCUGACCUGGAAGACCAGCGUUACAGUGCUAACCUUAAGGAGGUGGCGGCCAUGUUGAAAUCUAAACAUCCAGACAAGUUCUUGCUUAUAAAUCUGUCAGAGAAACGUCAUGACAUCUGCAGGCUAAAUCCAAAGGAGUUUGGGUGGCCUGAUCUACAUGCCCCAUCCCUCAAUAAAAUAUGUGCUGUGUGCAAAACCAUGGAGAACUGGCUUAACUCUGACCCCCAGAACGUGGUUGUACUGCACUGCAAGGGAAACAAAGGAAAAAAAGGGGUGAUUGUGGCAGCUUACAUGCACUAUAGCAAGAUAUCAGCUGGGGCAGAUCAGGCUCUCUCGACAGUUGCUAUGAGGAAAUUUUGUGAGGAUAAAAUCUCUUCCUCUCUCCAGCCAUCUCAGAACAGGUAUAUAUAUUAUUUUGCCGGUCUUCUCUCGGGUUCAAUAAAGAUGAACAGCUCCCCUCUUUUCCUGCAUCAAAUUCAUAUUCCCGCUUUGCUCAACCACCAGUCAGGAGGAAGUUACUCUCCCUUUGUGAAGAUCUAUCAGUCGUUGCAGCUGGUCUAUACUUCAGGCAAAUAUGAUAUUCAGGGCCCUAACAGUAAGACGCUGUGUGUGAAUAUUGAACCAGCUCUACUGCUGAAGGGAGACAUCCUGGUGAAGUGUUAUCACCAUCUCUCAGAUGUGUCGAAGAGAGAAUGUGUGUUCAGAGUCCAGUUUCACACCUGUAGUGUUCAUGGGUCUCAGCUUGAUUUUGGCAAAGGAGAACUUGACCAUGCUUGCACAGAUGACCGUUUCCCUGCAGACGCCACAGUGGAGUUGCUGUUUUCUUCUGGUUCGCAAAGGAGAGGUGGAGAGGUGCAGGGAAAUGAGCCGGGAGUGUCUGUGGAUUAUGGCACCGCAGAUCCUAUUGUGCGCUGGGACUCGUAUGAGAACUUUAACAUUCACCAUGAGGAUAGUGUUGAGGAUAUCUGUCACACACGUGGGCCUUUGGACGGUAGUCUGUAUGCUCAAGUGAAGAAGUGUCGAGCACCAGGCUCCAGUCCCAGUGGAUGGUCGACUUCCGUCAAAACCUCCACACAUUCACCCAGUCAUUCCUCCUCUACCCCCAUUCAUCUCUCAUUCCAGCCUCUCUCGCUCAGCAAAGAUGCAAGUCGCUCCUCAGCACCACCUGAAUCCCCCUUUCCACUUCUAAGAGAAAAAAGAGAGAAGGACGAAGACAGGGAAAGACACAGAGAAACCGCGAUUCUUGACGAUGGCGACUGCUCUCCCAUGAGACCCGUUCAGUCUUGUUAUGGUCACCCGUAUUCCCACACUCAUUCAUUCUGUGAUCCAGAGCUGACCAACCCUCAUGCACUUGCACAAACGCUCCAUCCCAAACACCACACACUUCCCUGCAGCCGCACCGCCCCGGUGCCAGUCCGAGACUCGUGUGUAUCCCAGCCAGAUCUUUUAUGGGAGAGAGGGCAAUGUCUGCACCAUCCCUGCCCAGAAACCGUCAGGCACAUGUACUCGUAUCCCACUCACGAAACCCACCUUCAUUCUCCACUUUCUCACUCACAGUCCUCCCAUUCCCACACACUUCCUGCACAGACACGAGCAUUCUACUCUGGGGAGGCAUGUCCUGUGUUCCAUUGCUCUGCCCUCCCUCAGGGCCACGCCCACAUCCCUUUUUCUCUGUCUCCUACUCAGUCACUGCUCUCCAGUUCAUACCGAGAAUUACGUUACAGCAUGACUCUGCCGACAUCGUGCUCCUGCAGGGACUGUUCUCGCUUACGAGAGGACGUUGCCCUCCAUUCUUUACGAGGCAGAGAAAUAGAAGCUCUCCCUUGGUCUAGAGAGACAGAGUUUGGGAUUAGGAGGGAGGGGCCUGUGCACUGGAGGGAUGAAAGGGCGGAGUCUCAUUGGGAAGGAGCUCAAGAGGCCGAAUAUUGGCGGCGCAAAAUAGCAAUGUCACCAGUAACGUUAUCAUACAGACAUUGCCACGCUGUACCAAAACAAGACCAAGCUAUAUAUGUUACAGACACCCAACCCGAACAUAUUACCCCAAUCAGUCCAUAUCCCAGCCCCCAAAGCAGUGGCUACCACAGCCCUCGUCCACCCUGUCCUUGCUCUCCACAACCAUUCAGAGAGAGUCCUGGAUACGCCUCCAUCAGUCAUUCCCUAAACUCCUCCCCCAUUGCUCUCACUCCAUCUCCAAAACGAGCCAGUUACAAAAAUGCUGCAGCUGAAGAGAGUCAGCAUAGCAUGAAUGAUGGGCGUAUUGAGGUUUUAGAUGCUGAUAAAAGUCACAUUGAGGCCCUUUCACCUCCUAGCAGUCCAAUGGAGUUGGGAGAGCCAAUGAAAAGCAAAGUUCUAGAAAGUAGAACGUUCCCUGGGUCUCUGAUCACUGUUGUCUCGGCUAUCAGUGGCGCGGAGGAAAAUACAAAGAAAACACCCAUCACAGAUUCUACAUCUAACACCACUCUCAUUAGUAACCCACCGUCAUCCAAGGUUGUGGAGUCAGUGCAGGUACAAACACACAACCCCAAACCUCUCAACACCAGCAUCCUAGAAUCAGAGCAGGAUAAAGUGGAGUGCCCCGGCUCAUGCUACACCUCAACAAGUCCUCAACCUCCUCUUUGGUCUUCAGAGAGAAGCUCUGCUUCUGAAUUCCCUUCAUUUAACAUAAAUGCUGAAAGGCAAAGCCUGACAACCUUGACCGACCACAAUGAGGAAAGCAGCAACAGUGACCUGACUGCAUCGUCCCCUGACCCUGAUGGCUACAUCACACCCUCAUUCCCUAUAGCAUCAUACAGCUACCCUCUUCUGACAGUGCAUCAUGUACCCUAUACAGGCUAUACUGAGAUUACCAUCCCGGCCUCCUUACCCCAACCUCCUCUCCCUGAAAAACAACACUCAUCCCCCCUUCAGAACGUGUCUGAAUGCACUGGCGCUUCCUCAAUAAAGUCAGCUGGAAAACCUUUGACUUCCUCUGCCCAGUUCCAUGUGUCCUUCUCCACUACUACCAAUGAAUUGCCUCCCACAUCUAAAUGCAAAGUAACCCCCUCUAGUGGCAUGGUGGAGCCAGAGAUCCGCCUUAGCUCCAAGUUUGUUCAAGACAGCUCCAAGUACUGGUACCAUCCUGGUAUCUCCAGAGACCAGGAUGGGCGUAUUGAGGUUUUAGAUGCUGAUAAAAGUCACAUUGAGGCCCUUUCACCUCCUAGCAGUCCAAUGGAGUUGGGAGAGCCAAUGAAAAGCAAAGUUCUAGAAAGUAGAACGUUCCCUGGGUCUCUGAUCACUGUUGUCUCGGCUAUCAGUGGCGCGGAGGAAAAUACAAAGAAAACACCCAUCACAGAUUCUACAUCUAACACCACUCUCAUUAGUAACCCACCGUCAUCCAAGGUUGUGGAGUCAGUGCAGGUACAAACACACAACCCCAAACCUCUCAACACCAGCAUCCUAGAAUCAGAGCAGGAUAAAGUGGAGUGCCCCGGCUCAUGCUACACCUCAACAAGUCCUCAACCUCCUCUUUGUUCUUCAGAGAGAAGCUCUGCUUCUGAAUUCCCUUCAUUUAACAUAAAUGCUGAAAGGCAAAGCCUGACAACCUUGACCGACCACAAUGAGGAAAGCAGCAACAGUGACCUGACUGCAUCGUCCCCUGACCCUGAUGGCUACAUCACACCCUCAUUCCCUAUAGCAUCAUACAGCUACCCUCUUCUGACAGUGCAUCAUGUACCCUAUACAGGCUAUACUGAGAUUACCAUCCCGGCCUCCUUACCCCAACCUCCUCUCCCUGAAAAACAACACUCAUCCCCCCUUCAGAACGUGUCUGAAUGCACUGGCGCUUCCUCAAUAAAGUCAGCUGGAAAACCUUUGACUUCCUCUGCCCAGUUCCAUGUGUCCUUCUCCACUACUACCAAUGAAUUGCCUCCCACAUCUAAAUGCAAAGUAACCCCCUCUAGUGGCAUGGUGGAGCCAGAGAUCCGCCUUAGCUCCAAGUUUGUUCAAGACAGCUCCAAGUACUGGUACCAUCCUGGUAUCUCCAGAGACCAGGCCAUCACAGUAUUAAAAGAUAAGGAGCCUGGCUGCUUCCUCAUUAGGGAUAGUAAUUCAUUCCAAGGCGCAUAUGGAUUGGCUCUGAAAGUCAGCACACCUCCAGCCCACGCUAGUAACCACGGAGAGACAGGCAACCCACAGGAGCAGCUAGUAACGCACUUCCUGAUUGAGAGUGGUCCUAAAGGAGUGAAGAUCAAAGGCUGUCAAAAUGAAACAUAUUUCGGCUCCCUGUCUGCUUUGGUGUAUCAGCACUCCAUUACUCCUGUGUCUCUUCCUUGUGUCUUACGAAUCCCAGAUAGAGAUCUUGUAGGAGAAUUGCAAGAGUUGCAAAAUGGAACUAAUACCAGCACAGCUGCAGACCUAUUAAAACAGGGGGCGGCUUGUAAUGUUCUUUACCUAAACUCAGUGGAAACAGAAUCUUUGACUGGCCCACAAGCCGUCUCCAAGGCAACCAAGUGCACUUUGACACAGGACCCUCGUCCUUCACCAACAGUCGUCCACUUCAAAGUGUCCACACAGGGCAUCACCCUCACUGAUAACCAGCGCAGACUGUUUUUCAGGCGACAUUACCCUAUUCAUAGUGUGACUUUCAGCAGUGUGGAUCCACUGGAUCAAAGGUGGAUUGAUGCUGAUAACACUUCCCGCAAGAUGUUUGGAUUUGUUGCACGGCGCAGCGGUGGUUUGGGAAACGUGUGUCACCUGUUUGCAGAGCUGGACCCAGAGCAGCCAGCCACGGCCAUUGUGAACUUCAUCAAUAAAGUCAUGCUGGGACCUCAACAGCUGCGAAAAUGAACACAGUAAAGGAGAGAUGGAGAAAAACAAAACAGAGAGAGCAAAGGACAAGAUGGUAUCGCAGUGGAUAUUGUCAAUGUUACGUUUAUAUACAGAAUGAGAGAAGUGUUUCUCAUUAGGAUACACAAAACUGACUCCGUAUGCAAGCUUCGUCUUUUCUGUCAUGAUUAGGUCAUGUUGAAAUUGAGUGCAUUAUGAAGUGAUUUCAAAUUAUACGCCUUUUAUUAAAUUAAAAAAUGUACAAGAAAAACAACACAGGGAUUUUCCUGGUAAAGUAUAUCUAACGGAUAAAUAAAUGAGAGGAAGUUUUCGACACUCAAACCUCUUUUUGGUUGAGAAAAUGGGCCAUUAAUCCUACCACUCAGGAUGCCAAAGCUGUAUGACUGUUAUUGUGUUGUUCUGUUUUUAUUUUCAUUGAUUUUGUGUGUUUGUUUUCAGUUAAAUGGUCAGAAUUGUUCGUUUUCUAUUCAAAAUGGCCUUUACAAGACACAAAGUCAUAUUUUUAGCAA